GGGUUUCCCACUCUGAUUUGUAAACUAGGGGUGAUGGAUUGAUUUUAAAAACACUUCUGCAACUAAGACUUCAAUUUUAUGGACAAAUGAAUUCACAACUUCAGUUCUCAUUCCUUUUAAAGUCUUAAAAUAAUAGAAUUUAUUGGCUGCAAUCUUUUUUCAGCAAGAUUCUAUGUUUAAAAUACCCCGUCCAUCCCGUAGUGUUCCUCGGUGGAGUGGUACGGUCCGGCCGGUGUCUGACUCCGCCAGGCCAGCCUCCAUUGCUCACUACUCGUCUAAAAAUGGAGCCGAUAGGACGGAGGUUUGUGUGGAGGAGACGGAAAGGAGACCGCUGAUAGACUUGGAGCUAACGGCCCGAUUUCAGUUUGUGCUUUAAUGGAGCGGACUUUUGUUCAGGCAUAGUGGGCCUCCAUGAACAGCCCCAAGCUGUUAGCAUGUGUGAGAAAACAGCCGAAGCCCGGAGCUUGCUUUUCGCUUUUUAUCUAUUUAUUUUACUCUGAAGCAGGCAUUCAGACUGACGACUUGCAGGUUUAUAGAUCGACUAACUUAUACUUUAAACAGAUUUUAUUAUAAUUAUACACGUCGGUUUGUUAUUUUCGGCCGUUUUCACCCUUCCUGUUGAAAGCGAUGUACAACACGGUGUUGACGGCAGAGAAAGACGGAGACUGGCGGGACGUGAUGAUGCCCUAUUCCACCGAGCUGAUCUUCUACCUGGAGAUGGAUCAGCCUCCAGCUCUUCCUCCAAAGCCAGUCAAACCCCAGCCGCCGCCAUCGUCGUCGUCUUCUUCCGGGAUCAGAGGUGACGAUGGCGACUCGCUGCAGGAAGCAGAGUGGUACUGGGGAGACAUUUCCAGGGAGGAGGUGAACGAGAAGCUGAGGGACGCGCCGGACGGGACCUUCCUGGUGCGGGACGCCUCCACCAAGAUGCAGGGGGACUACACCCUGACCCUGAGGAAGGGAGGCAACAACAAGCUGAUCAAGAUCUACCACCGAGACGGGAAGUUCGGCUUCUCGGAGCCGCUGACCUUCGGCUCGGUGGUGGAGCUCGUCGGCCAUUACCGGCACCAGUCGCUGGCCCAGUACAACACCAAGCUGGACGUUCGCCUCACCUACCCGGUGUCCCGCUUCCAGCAGGACCAGCUGGUGAAGGAGGACAACAUUGACGCUGUGGGGAAAAAGCUGCAGGAAUACCACAGCCAGUACCUGGAGAAGAGCAAAGAGUACGACCGGCUGUACGAGGAAUUCACCAAGACCUCCCAGGAGAUCCAGAUGAAUCGCACGGCCAUCGAGGCCUUCAACGAGACCAUCAAGAUCUUCGAGGAGCAGUGCCAGACGCAGGAGCGCUGCAGCCAGGACUGCGUGGAGCGCUGCAGCCGCUGCAGCGGCGACAAGGACAUGGAGAGCAUCCUGGUCAACUUCGAGAAGCUCAAGUCCCGCCUGGGGGAGAUCCACGACAGCAAGGUGCGUUUGGAGCAGGACCUGAAGACGCACGCCACAGAGAACCGCGAGACGGACAAGAAGAUGAACAGCCUGAAGCCCGACCUCAUCCAGCUGCGCAAGAUCCGCGACCAGCACCUGGUCUGGCUGAGCCAGAAGGGAGUCCGGCAGAAACGAAUCAACGACUGGCUCGGCAUACAGAACGACGCCGCCGACGAAGGCGGCGAGGAAGAGGAGAGCCUGCCUCACUACGACGAGAAGAGCUGGUUCGUAGGAGACGUGAGCCGGACGCAGGCGGAGGAGCUGCUGGGCGGGAAGCCGGACGGAGCCUUCCUGAUCCGGGAGAGCAGCAAGAAGGGCUGCUACGCCUGCUCUGUGGUGGCGUCGGGCGCGGUGAAGCACUGCGUCAUCUACAGCACGCCGCGCGGCUUCGGCUUCGCCGAGCCGUACUUCCUGUACGGCAGCCUGAAGGAGCUGGUCCUCCACUACCGCCUCACCUCGCUGGUGCAGCACAACGACGCGCUCAACGUGCGCCUCGCCCACCCCGUCCACGCCCCCACGCCGCCCCUCUGCAGGUUCAACGCCGACCCGAUCGACUCCGUCUGGAAACAUUCGGCCUGCCGGGCCGCCAUGUUGGGGGCGGGGCCUCCGGUCUGGGCUUCAGCAGAUCCACAGGAGGCGUCCGUUCUGAAGCCUGAUCAGAAACGCCUGCAGCGAAAUAUUAUUCAUCUACUCUAAAUUAAAACCAUUCAGAAAGUU